AAACAAUAGUUAUAAAAUCUUAAUUUUAUAAAAGUUCAAACGGCCUCACGAAAGAACCAUGAAAGCUACCUCAUCGAGGUUUGUUGCCGCCGCUUCGGAAUAGUUCUCCCUAAAAAUUGAUAAUAAAACACUGAAAAAGUAAUUUAGUAGUUUUUUAGGCGAAAUUCUCCCCUUAAAUGCGCCAUAUGUACAGCUGGUGAUCAGGCUGACUAUCAGUGCGCCAGAAAAGAGUGCACAAUUCUACACAUCUACAGGAAAGGAAUUUCGUUACAAGCCGGCGGAACUCGCACGCAGGUUAUACGCAACUUGCAAUCCAAUAAUAAUUAUGAGUCUCGAGAAAGUCAUCUGUCUGCUUCUGCUCGUCGCAGGCGCAGCGGCAAUCGAGUGCCCCGCAGGCUACGAGGUCGUUGGGUCCAAGUGCAUCCACCGCCUGCCUGAUGGGUACCUCACGCACGACGACGCGGUGGCUUACUGCCACCAGAACUCCGGCAGGCUGCCCGUGCUGCGCGACUGCGCUUCCUUCACUGACGUUGCCACUUAUGUCGACGGUGGAUAUGUGUCCCGUUUCAACGCCCACAACGGCUACUGGCUGGGCGCCACCAACUCGUCGGCUACCGGCGUCUGGCAGUGGAGCGACGGCACCGCCGUGCAGAUGAGCGCUCCGUACUGGGCGGUCAACCAUGCACUGGAUGGGAUGACAGAACCUAAUGGAGGAACAACUGAGAACUAUGCUAUGAUAUGGGCCGAAUUGGGCUGGCUGAUGAAUGACGCGACGCCUAAUGACCACUACGUAAUUUAUGCAGCGUGCUCUAGAGCUCCGGUCGAUGGUUUGUGCGCCACUCCGUACGUCUUAGUGGGCACGCAAUGCAUUCACUUACUUCUAACUGAUUUUGAUUCCUGGAGCGCUGCACGCACCGAGUGUGGAGCGACUGGAGGAGAUCUGAUAAUUCUGGAUGACUGCGACCAGUACAGCAAGGUUACCACCUACUUCGAGGAACAAGAUUAUAAGACGUCCGGAUACUGGAUAGGAGGCUCAGAUGAAGCCCAGGAGGGGCAAUGGCGCUGGAUUGAUGGCUCACCGAUGGUCAUGGGGCUUCCUUACUGGGGAAGUCGCAAGAUCUCCUCCGCCUUCUGCAAGUUGUUCACUUCACUUGCCCCCCACUCCCAGAGCCCCUCCACCCGCCGCCUCAUACGUAGAAUCCGGGCCGAACAUCCCCUGGACAGGGACUUCUCCCCGUUCACUUCCUGGGGGAAUGGGGGGACUUGUUCUUGGCCCCUGGGGGUUGUCGCCCAGUUUGAGGUGCUGAUGGUGGGUGAUGGGAGGUACUGA